AGCCCUUGUGAACAUUUUGCUGUUGGUGGAGCUGCAGCAAUCGUGCAGCCGCUGAAAACACCUCCCGUUGCUUUACUCAGCAGGCAGCUCUGCCGAGGACCACCAUGGGGAUCCGCGGGCUGAUGAGCUUCGUGGAAGAUCACAGUUGUGAAUUCUUCACGGAUUUGAAGUUGCGGGACACGAAGAUCGUUAUUGACGGCUAUGCUCUCUUCCACCGACUCUGUUUCAACUCGGAUUUGGAGCUGCGGUACGGGGGUGACUACGAUGCUUUCACAGAGGUCGUACAAAGCUUCUUCGCAUCGCUGUCUGCCUGCAACAUCUGCCCAUAUGUCGUAUUAGACGGAGGAUGUGACAUCUCAGACAAGAAGCUCACGACGUUAAAGGACAGGGCGCGAGAGAAGAUUCAGAUGGCGCAUUCGCUUGCCGUCGGCAGGGGUGGGCACGUGUGCCCCUUGCUCGCCCGGGAAGUGUUCUUACAGGUGCUGGUGAGGCUUCGCGUGCGUUUUGUUCAGUGCUUUUCCGAAGCCGAUCGGGACAUCAUGACGCUGGCCAACCACUGGAACUGCCCCGUCUUGUCGUCGGACAGUGACUUCUGCAUCUUCGACCUCAACACUGGGUUUUGCCCAUUGAACAGCUUCCAGUGGAGGAGUACCAGCACUGACAAGGCCACGGAAAGCCGCUACAUCCCCGCCAAGUGCUUCUCCCUCGAGGCUUUCUGCCGCCACUUCGGCAAUAUGAAUAAAACCCUGCUGCCUCUCUUUGCGGUGCUGUGUGGAAACGACCACGUCAACCUGCCCAUCGUGGAGACGUUCCUCAGUAAAGCCCGCCUCUCCGUGGGCCCGGCCAAGGGCAGGAGACACUGCCGCGUCCUGGGCCUGCUCAACUGGUUGGCUCCUUUUGCGGACCCCAGCGAAGCCCUAGACCAUGUUCUGAACUAUCUCCCCAAAAAGGCCCGGGACAGUGUGAAGGAGCUCCUGUGCUGCGCCAUGGAGGAGUACCAGCAGUCCCCGGGGAGGCUGCAUGACUUCUUCCAGGGCGGCACCUACGUCUGUCCAGACGCCGCGAACCUGGGCUUACCGGGAUGGGUCCUCGUGGCUCUGGCCAAAGGCCAGCUGUCCCCUUUCAUUAGUGACGCCCUCGUGCUGCGACGGACCAUCCUGCAGACGCAGGUGGAGAACAUGCAGCAGCCAAAUGCCCACAGGGUCUCCCAGCCCAUCCGCCAGACCAUCUAUGGGCUGCUUCUCCACGCCUCCCUGCAUCCGGGGAACACACCGUGCCAGGCUUUGCCUCCUCGGCCGCCAGCCUUCAGGGAAGUGGAAAGGAUCCAGAAGAACAUCAAGACGUCGGUGGUCGAGGCAGUAGAACUGCUCAAGGGUCACCCUGACUUAAGCACGUUGACCGAGCUCUCGCUGGCCAGGCGACAGACGCUCCUGUUGGAAACCCUGAAGGUGAAACAGACGGUCCUGGAGCCGAUCCCUGCGGCCCUCAAGUUGCCCAUUGCUGUCAGCUGCUACUGGCUGCAGCACUCGGAGGCCAAGGUGAGGCUGCAUCACCUGCAAGCCUUACUGCUGGGCAUGCUGAUGGGACCCCUGCAUGCCAUCAUCAACAGCCCGGGAAAUGUGGUCCCAGUUCCCGGGCAGGCUUAAGUGCCUUGCUGCUUGCUAACUGGUGAAAGGUGGGCCUCAUUUAUUUAUCUUUUUUCAUUUAGAAGUUGGUCCAGAUGCUAUUUUGUGCACCGUGCUCAAACAAACCUAUGGAAACCUAGAGCCGAGCACGUGGAACAUUCUAGAAUAGCCAGCUUUGUUGCUCCUGGUCCUUUGUUCUCCACCAAGUAAACAGGCAGACUCGUCACAUGCUGAGUCAUGCUUUGAUUUUCCUCUCGUAAAACAGGUUAUCAAAUGUGCUUCACAUUGCUGCUGUAACACAA